AUGGGUAAAAACAGUAACACAAAUAAAAGGAAUGUUCAACAUAAUGUUGCAAAUACACAAUUAAAAAAUAAACCGUCUUUAAAAUGGCGUUUAAUUAAUAAAGAAGCGAACUUCUUUGAUAAAGCGUUUGAAGAAAACCUAAUAAAUUUUCAAAAAAUGUCUUUAAAAGAAGAUGAAUAUUCAUUACAAAAAGAAGGUUCAAUAGAAGAAAAAAUUAUACGAACGCGUAAAAAGUUAAAAAGAAAAAAAAAAAAAAAAAAGUAUAAAGUAAUUUUAUUUUAUGGUAUGUCACAUUAUGUUCUUUCCAUUUUUUUUCAAUAG